GCGGGACUCAGCCUGCUGCUCUUUCUGGCCCAUGGACUUGAUACUGCUUCUCGUGCUGGGGUUGCUGGUCCAGCAGAGCCCAGGCCUGUCCUGGGGGGCCCCUGGACUGGGCGUGCCGGACACCUUGUACCCUUGGCGCCACGCACCCACGCAGAGCCGCAUGCGCAGAGCCUGGGUCAUUCCACCCAUCAGCGUGUCGGAGAACUACAAGCGCCUGCCGUACCCCCUGGUGCAGAUCAAGUCGGACAAGCAGCCCCUGGGUGGAGUCAUCUACAGCAUCCAGGGCCCUGGCGUGGAUGAAGAGCCGCGCGGCCUGUUCUCCAUCGACAAGUUCUCGGGGCGGGUAUUCCUGAAUGCAGUGCUGGACCGGGAGCUGACGGACCGCUUCAGGCUCAGGGCCUUUGCUCUGGACCUGGGCGGCUCUGCCCUGGAGGAGCCUACGGACCUAGAGAUCGUAGUUGUGGACCAGAAUGACAAUAGGCCAGUCUUUCGCCAGCAGCUGUUCACAGGCCACGUGCAGGAGGGUGCUGUCCCAGGCACCUUUGUGACCAGAGCUGAAGCCACAGAUGCAGACGACCCUGAGACCGACAAUGCGGUGCUGCGUUACUCCAUCCUCGAGCAGGGCGCCCCACAGCUCUUCAGCAUUGAUGAAGUCUCAGGGGAGAUCCGAACUGUGCAAGUGGGGCUGGACCGCGAGGGGGUCGCUGUGUACAAUCUGACUCUUCAGGUGGCAGACAUGUCUGGGGAUGGCCUCACGGCCACUGCCUCAGCCAUCAUAACCCUUGAGGACAUUAAUGACAAUGCCCCAAGUUUCACCAGGGAAGAGUUCUCCAUGCAGGCCACUGAGGCCAUCAGCGGUGUGGACUUAGGGCGGCUGGAGGUGGAGGACAAGGACCUGCCUGGCUCCCCAAACUGGGUAGCUAGAUUCACCAUCCUGGAGGGGGACCCAGAUAGGCAGUUCGCCAUUCGCACGGACCCCAAGACUAAUGAAGGCGUGUUGUCUGUGGUGAAGCCCCUGGACUAUGAGAGCCGUGAGCAGUACCACCUCCGAGUCGGGGUGCAGAAUGAGGCACCCCUUCAGGUGGCCACACCCAGGGCUGAACGAAGCCAGGCCAGGGUCAGCGUGCGUGUGUUGGAUGUGAAUGAGCCCCCCGUGUUCCACGAGAAUCCGCUGCGGACCAGCCUGGCUGAGGGCGCGGCCCCGGGGACUUUUGUGGCCACCUUCUCUGCUCAAGAUCCUGAUAUGAACCAGCUGCAGAGACUUCGCUAUACCAAGGACUAUGAUCCUGGAGACUGGCUACAAGUAGACGGGGCCACGGGCCACAUUCAGACUCAGAGAGAGCUGAGCCCACAUUCACCCUUCCUCCAGGGCGGAUGGUACAGAGCUAUCAUACUGGUGGAGGAUGAUGCUUCCCCACCCAACACGGCCACUGGAACCCUGUCCAUUGAGAUCCUGGAGGUCAAUGACCAUGCACCUGAGCUGGCACCAGCAGGGGGCAGCCUGUGCAGUGCCCCUGAUCUGGGUGCUGGCCUCCUUCUUGGGGCCACGGAUGAGGACCUGCCCCCCCACGGAGCUCCUUUCCACUUCCAGCUGAGUCCCAGGAUGCCAGGGCUGGCCCAGAACUGGACCCUCAGCCAGAUUAACAUGAGCCAUGCCCGUCUGCAGCUCCGGCACCAGGUCCAGGAGGGGUUGCACCGCCUCAGCCUACUGCUCCGGGACUCGGGGCAGCCCCCGCAACAGCGUGAGCAGCCCCUGAAUGUGAGCGUGUGUCACUGCAGCCAGGAUGGCACCUGCCUGCCUGGGGCCUCGGCGCUGCGGGCAGACGGCGCAGGCAUCAGUUUGGCUGCCCUGGUGGUGGUGCUGGCCAGCCUCAUCCUAUUGCUCAUCCUCUCCCUAGUUGCUGCCUUCUUGGCCCGCUCCCGGCAGAGGUCGUGGGACAAGGUGGCUCUGAAUGGACUCCGAGAUGAUCUUCGGGAUAACAUCCUCAACUAUGACGAGCAGGGAGGCGGGGAGGAGGACCAGGAUGCCUAUGACAUGGACCAGCUCUGCCACCCUGCUGGGCUCCGGGCCUUGAGUGUGCGCCUGGGACGGCCUCUACUCCGCUGGGAUGCACCUUCCAACUGUGGGCACCCCCAGCCUAGACAUGUGCUGCCUGCAGACCCUGCUGCCAUCCAGGACUUCAUCAAUGAAGGCCUGCAUGCUGCGGACUCGGACCCCAGUGUUCCCCCAUACGACACGGCACUCAUCUAUGAUUAUGAGGGCGAUGGCUCUGUGGCAGGGACGCUGAGCUCCAUCCUGUCAAGCCAUGGGGAUGAGGACCAGGACUACAGCUGCCUACGGGACUGGGGGCCCCGCUUCGCUCGCCUGGCCGAUCUGUACGGCCCAACGUGAGGGCAAUCGGGUACACCAGGGCCUUCCGGUGGGAUCCACCUGGGCACCCUGGUGGCCCAUGGUCCCUUGUGCCCUCCCUAGCACCUCAGAACAUGAAUUAAAGAUGCUUCUCUUGGCA